GGUCCGGUUACUGUGCAUAAGCCAAAGCUUAUGCACCGUCCAUAAGCUACAGUAAACUGCUGAAUACACCCCCAUGUCCUUGCUUCAUACACCCCCACUUCGUACCAAUAGACAAAAUCUUUCCGACAAAAUAUCUCCACUCCAACUCCGCCGUCGCUUCCAACUCCGCCGUCUGCGUUCGUACCAAUUCUAAGUCUCUGCUGCAAGCCUCACAGAACGAGAAUAAGAACUUUUGAUUUUGAAAGCGGUGAGAGUAACUCAACAGGAUCAUCGAAGCUUUGGAAGUUACGUGAUCCAAAAUUAAGAAGUAACAGUGACGGAAAAGGUUCGUGUUUUUGAAUCUAACUCUCGAUACUCACUCAUCAUCACCGUCGCCAACAACAACGUCGCCGGAAUCAUCCUCAAAAUGGUAAAACCAAAAGAGCAAGUUCAAGUAAGAAGGGAGCAAUUAUUGGUGGUGGUGUUGGAGGUGUAGUCCUUGUUCUGAUCCUCCUUGCACUAUUUCUUUGGCUUAAGCUCACGAAGAAACCGAAGCGACAUCCUAGAGGUGACAUAUUGGGAGCAACUGAGUUAAGAGGUCCAGUUACUUACCGGUAUAAUGAUUUGAAGUCUGCAACGAAAAAUUUUAGUGAUGAAAAUAAAUUAGGAGAAGGAGGUUUUGGAGAUGUAUACAAGGUACUAUACUUAGUUAAUUUUGAACAUUUUUUUGGUAUAAUACAUAUUUACAUAUAAGCAUGAUUUUGUCUGAAUUGAUGAUAACUGCAGAAAAAAUUUGUUAUAGGUAUUAUCUCUUUUACAUAAAUAUUGCUUUUAAGAUUAAGAAAAUAAUUAUUAAUCGUCAUUUGUAUUGAUGAUUCGACAAUUAUGGUACGGGGCACUUUAAAAAAUGGUAACGUAGUAGCUGUCAAGAAAUUGAUUUUAGGCCAUUCCAGCAAGAUGGAUGAACAAUUUGAAAGUGAAGUGAAGCUUAUAAGUAAUGUUCAUCACAGGAAUUUAGUUCGACUUCUUGGAUGUUGUAGUAAAGGCCAAGAGAGAAUCCUUGUUUAUGAAUACAUGGCAAACAACAGCCUUGACAAAUUCUUAUUUGGUACAAGAUCAUGUCAAUCUUCCUAUUGAAUCAACUAAUGAAUGUGUAAUUUUAUUUUACACCGACAGUGUAUACAAAUUAAAUCCAUUUAAUUUUGGUAACAGGUGAAAAGAAGGGUUCCCUGAACUAGAUGCAAAGGUAUGAUAUAAUUUUAGGCACGACAAGAGGUUUGGCCUAUCUGCACGAGGAUUUCCAUGUUUGUAUUAUACAUAGGGAUAUAAAGACUGGCAACAUUCUCUUAGACGACCGUUUCAAAAAAAAACAUUCUCUUAGACGAUGAUCUUCAGCCUAAAAUUGCUGAUUUUGGGUUGGCAAGGCUUUUACCAGAAGAUCAAUCUCAUCUUAGCACAAGAUUUGCAGGAACAUUGGGAUACACUGCACCAGAAUAUGCAAUACAUGAUUGUUGGAGAUAAUAUGCAAGGUGCUGUGUUUGGAGAGCUGCUAGAUUGCCUCUUGAAACCUACAAACAUCAAAGAGAAAAUAUCAAGCUUGAUGCUACUUGCAUCUCUUGGAAGCGAAUGCGAGGAAACUAUGUUAAAACAAUUGAUGUUGUUGGAGUUUGGCAAGAGAACAAUGUUGUUGAAACUGAAAAGACCAUUGAAGCUCUUAAAAGAGUUGGAUAGUAAAUUUAGAAAAGUUCUCAGAAUUGAUGUUAUUCUUGUUGUAUAAAUUGUUGUAGACCUUUGGAUGUAUUUAUAUAUUUUAAGUUAUUUUAUGUGUCAUCUUGGGUAGAAAUUGUAAUAUCACCACAUACAUAUUGUAAAGAAUUUAGACCUAUAUUUAUGUACUAUCGAUUAAUGCAAUUAGAUUUAUAAUGAUUUUGCAAUAUCAUUUUUCUGGUUU